AUGAGUGAUUUGUCAAAAAAUAACCAAGAUUUGCAAAGGACUAAAAAUGAGAUUAUGAGAAAGCUUGAAGAAUAAAAAAAGGCUUUCAAAGAUUUAGAAAAAAAGGAAGAAUAGCUCAAGUAGUCUGGAAAAAUAUUUAUUACAACAGAGAAAAAAGACAAUAAAUAGGGUUAGAACCAGUAGUCUAAUGGUGGUAAAAAGGAAUUUUAAAACAAAUGGAGAGGUGGUCAAAGAGAUAGAGGGUAGCCAAUGGAUAAGCAUGAUCAUAGGAAUAAUAGCUAUAGGAAUUAAAAUUAAAAAAGAUUCGAAAAUGAUAGAUAUAAUAGUAAUCAAUCCAAUUAGUAUGAAAAUAGAACUAGGAGUAGAUCUGAUCACCAUCACAAUGCUCAUCAACAUCAAAGGGCUGAUAGCAGAAGAUACAACAAUGACAAUUACAGGUACAAUGAUAAAUUUUCAUAGAGAGGUAAAAAUGAGAAUUUUAGUAGCAAUAGAAGAGAUAGAGAUUAUAGCAAUGAAAGAGAGAGAAAGAAUUCAAGAAGGAGUACAUCCAGAGAUAGAAAAAAUACCUAUAAUAAUGGAAAUAGCAAUAAUAAUUUUUCAAGGAAAAGAAGCGACUCAUUUAGUAGAAAAGACAAUCGUAGAAGAAGUCGUUCAUAUGAUAAGAAUGAUAGGACCAAAAGAAACUAUGAAAAAGAAUAAAAAAAUGAUAAAAAAAAUGAUUUGAGAAGAAGUAAAUCUAAUGAAAAAAAAGAUAAAGAAUAAAUAAGACAAUCUUCCCCUAAAAAUAAAGCAUUAAAAAAGAGUCCUUCUCCAAGCAAAGAUGUCAAAUCGAAAGAAAGCUCAUUACCUGCAAAAGUAGCAAUUGAUAAGAAAAACGCUUUGUUUGGAGUUCUUAAUAACCACUUGAAAUCAGCAUAGAAAAUUUUAGAUCACGACAAGAAUAAAAUUGAAGAAUAGAGUAAAUUAUGUGAAAAAGUGGAAGAAUCUUACUUAACAGAAAUGGAAAAGUUAAGAUAGUAAAAAAUUCCUGAAAUCGAGAAUCAAAAAAAGAAGACUCAAGAAGAAAUGGAGAAAUUGCAAUAGUAAUUAAUGGAACUUGAAAAGCAAUCAAAAGGAGAAAAUGUUGAGAAUCAACCACCUAUCCCUGAAAUUAAAAGUAAUUAAAACGAAGAAGAAUAAAAUGAAAGAAAUCUUAGCAACAGCAUAGAUAGUAUUAGCAGAUCAAAUAGUAUUGAUGCACAAAGCCAAAAUAAUAGCAGAUAGUCUAGCAGAAGUAGAAGUAGAAGUCUAAGUGAAAGAAAGUCUUAGUCAAAAUAGAAAUCUGCAUCAAAAACAAAUAGCAACAAAAAUUCUCCCAGUCCAGCUAAAGAUUUAUAAAAUCAACAAAAUGUUAACAUAGAAGAGGAGUUAAAUGUCAAUUAAUGA